UUUUAUGUUCAUUCCCUAACCCCCCUGAGAUUCACUUCAGUCUAUUUCUACUCUCAACUUCACCGGAAAAUCCAACACCACCGUGACACCGUCAUCACUCAUUUCCGGCCGGCGGCCACGGAGGAAACCACCGCAGCUCAAAAUCACACAAACAUAAUCACAAAAUCACACAUUCUUCGAAUCAAAUCACAGUUUUCAGACUCUCAAAUUCGCCGUUGGUGGAUCAAUCUAAGGAUGCAAGUUUAAGGGAGGAUUUUGUGCCUGUUAAUCCAGAAGAUGGAAGGAUUCAAGGCUAAGUUCAGAUUAGUGACUGUCGCUGUUCUUUCUAUCGGGAUUGCUCUGGUUGCCAUAUAUGAUUUAUUGAAACCGAUUUCGAAUGGUUGUGCCAUGACAUACAUGUACCCGACCUACAUUCCAAUAUCAGCCACAGAAGGUUUGUCUUCUUCGAAGUAUGGACUAUAUUUGUAUCAUGAAGGGUGGAAACAGAUCGAUUUUAACGAGCAUCUUAAACAACUUAAUGGAGUUCCUGUUCUUUUCAUCCCUGGCAAUGGAGGUAGUUACAAGCAGGUCAGGUCAUUAGCAGCAGAAUCGGACAGGGCUUAUCAAGGUGGCCCACCUGAACCUAUGUUGUACCAAGAAGCGUCCUUAACGCUUGAGGGAGUAGAGAUGGAUGACAUCAAUGUUCCGAUAUUCAACCAGUAUAAACGCCGGCUUGACUGGUUUGCAGUAGACCUUGAAGGUGAACAUUCUGCAAUGGAUGGUCAAAUACUUGAAGAACACACAGAAUACGUAGUAUACGCGAUUCACAGGAUCCUGGAUCAAUAUAAAGAAUCUCGAGAUGCUCGAGUAAAAGAAGGCGGUGUUGAAUCUAGUAGUCUGCCUAACAGUGUCAUACUGGUUGGCCACUCGAUGGGUGGUUUUGUUGCAAGAGCUGCAGUUGUGCACCCUAAUUUGAGAAAUUCAGCCGUUGAAACGAUUCUUACACUAUCAGCUCCACAUCAGUCACCUCCUCUAGCACUGCAACCAUCAUUGGGUCACUAUUAUGAAUACAUAAAUCAGAAAUGGAGAAAGGGUUACGAGGUCCAAACCUCACGAGCAGUUCCUCAGCUAUCUAGAGUGAUUGUUAUCUCCAUUUCUGGUGGUGGUAAUGAUUACCAGAUAAGAACAAAACUGGAAUCUGUUGAUGGUAUCGUGCCAUCUACCAAUGGGUUUAUGAUUAGUAGCAUGGGGGUAAAGAAUGUAUGGCUAUCAAUGGAGCACCAGGUUAUCUUAUGGUGUAAUCAACUUGUUGUGCAAGUUUCACAUACUCUUCUUAGUUUGGUAGACCCUGAAACGGGUCACCCAAUUUCUGGCACAAGGAAAAGACUAACAGUAUUUACGAAAAUGCUUCAAAGUGGAAUGCCACAGAGUUUGUUGAGGCAAUCUGAUCAUCAUCAGCAGUUGCCACAUCAUCCUUUGCAGAAAGAGAGAAAUAAUCCGGGAUCUGAGAAAAAAGAUUUUCCAGCAUGUCCCAGUAAAAUUCAAUGGAGUGUUGAGGGACUUGAAAGGGAUCUUUACAUCAAGACACCAACGGUAACUAUUUUAGCAAUGGAUGGCAGGAGACGUUGGUUGGACAUAAAAGAACUGGGGUCAAACGGAAGAACCAGCUUUGUUCUUGUGACAAAUCUUCUUCCCUGUUAUGGAAUUCGACUUCAUCUUUGGCCUGAAAAAGGAACUUCUGGUUCAGAUUUGCCUCUUAACAAAAGGGUUGUAGAAGUGACUUCAAAAAUUGUUCAGAUUCCUUCAGGACCAGCACCAAGGCAGAUUGAACCUGGAAGUCAGACAGAACAACCACCACCAUCAGCUGUAUUUUGGUUAGACACCAAGGAUAUGAACGGUUUCAGAUUCCUUACAAUCUCAGUUGCACCAAGCCCGACUGUUUCAGGGAGACCUCCACCUGCAGCUUCAAUGGCAGUUGGGCAGUUUUUCAACCCAGAUGAAGGGCGUAAAGAGUUUUCUCCUAAAUCGUUGCUUCGGUCUAUGUAUUCUCAGAAGGACAUUUUCAUUAAGGAAGAUCAUCCUAUUGUAAUGGAUAUUACAUUCAGUAUCAGCUUAGGGCUUUUGCCUGCCACAGUGUCUCUCGUAACUACAGGCUGUGGAAUAAAAAAUUCAGGACUUCCUGUCGAAGAAGCUGGAGAUAUCGAUAAUGGCAAACUUUGCAAGCUCAGAUGCUUUCCACCUGUCGCCCUUGCGCGGGACCCUACGUCUGGUCUUCACAUUUUUCCCAAUUUAUAUUCUCGCACAAUUGAAGUGGACUCAUCACCUGCACUUUGGACCUCUCAAGGAUCUGAGAAGACCAAUGUUUUGUUACUGGUUGAUCCACAUUGUUCCUAUAAAUCUAGUGUUGCUGUUUCUCUAACUUAUGCUGGUCGAAGAUUUAUGCUUUUAUACAACUCCCAGAUUAUUGGUUUAUCAUUUGCGGUAGUAUUAUUUGCUCUAAUGAGGCAAGCAAAUGCGUGGGAGCUUGAUCUACCUGUUCCUUCAUUGCUGUCUGCAGUAGAAACAAAUCUACGAGUGCCACUACCAUUCCUUCUACUUACAAUCUCCCCGAUUCUUAUUGCUUUGCUUUAUUCCUGUCUAAAUCCAAAGUCGUUUCCUCGAGUUGGUAGUUUCUUUGUUGUCGCAAUGAUUUGCUAUCUAAUAGCAAAUGGGACCGUAAUUAUUUUGAUAUUAACCACACUGAUACUUUCCCACGUGGUUGCUGGAAUACAUGUCUUCUUUAAGACAAGGUGGAGAUGGCGGAUACUCGAUAACUCCACUAGUUUUUUCUCAUUUAAGGUGUUGAGAGUUAUAAAUGCCAAUCCGUCAUUGGCUACAUCAUUGCUUGCUAUUGCUUUGGUCUGUUUUGUUCAUCCAGCUUUAGGUCUCCUUAUUCUUGUACUCUCACAUGUCCUGUGUUGUCACCAUGCAUUAUGCAGUUAUUUUACAGCAUCCAGUAAGGCUCGUACUGAAGAUUUUUACGGGUUUGGAAACGGCGGGAAAUCGUCCAUUUUCAAAAAUGAUAAAUCCGAGGAGGGAUUAUCGGGGGAUGAGAACAGUUCCAACAGCCCAGAUUCUGCAAAAAGUUACGGUGACACACAGCUCGAGAUAUUCCACCACCGCCACGGCUUGCUAAUCCUGCAUCUUCUUUCUCUCUUGAUGUUUCUUCCUUCACUUGUUGCUUGGUUGGAGAGGCUAAGCAUGGGCCACAACUUCCCAUGGUUCUUGGAUUCCGUGCUUUGCAUGGGUGUCGUCCUCCACGGUAUCUGUGACUCGAAACCCGAGUUUAACGUCUUCUUUCAGAUACCGGGAAUGAGAGGGUAUGAGAUAAGACAAGGGUUUGUGUAUCUGAUUGCGGGGUAUUGUUGCUAUCUUGCGGGUUUAGAUUUGGCUCCUUACAAAGCUUUCUAUGCAAUGGCUACCAUAGGAGCGGUAUCGUUUUUCUUCAGGAUUUUAGAAAGAAACCGAAGGAGUGGAGAGGUGUAUUAUAGCAGUAGAAAGCAUUCUCACCGACACUAAAAGCGGCCGUAGUGUUUACAAUAGUGAGUUGUAGUAGUGUUGUACUAUGAAUUUGAAAGGCUACAGUCCCCAAAUUUUGAUGAUUCUGAGACUAUUUCUCGAGGUUUUUUUUUUUUAUUAUAGAGAACAGAUUGUAAGUUGUGUAUGAUUCUUUGAUAUAGCCGGCGUUCACGGUCCAA